AUGUCAUCUGUCAUGUUCGAUUCACUUCCGAAUGAGAUUGUUCUCGCCAUCAUCGUCAGAGUACAUUUCUCUUAUGAAAGCUUUCAGGCUCUUCUCCUCACUAAUCGACGGAUCAGCACUCUCAUGAGCGAUCGUGGUCGCAAAUUGCUCGAGGAAAUAGCUGGAGUCCAAUUCCCCCUGGCUCUUUGGGCAUCGAGUCAACCAACGAUACCCUUUGACAAGAACGGACCCAUCUAUUGUUUGGGGAGACUAGACAACUUGUGUAGCAGAAGCCAGAAGGUUGAUGAAUUCGUCCACAUUGUGGAGAAAAUAAGGAGUGAUAUGCUGAAGGAGGGCGACCUGGGACCAGCGCUAGGUGCACGCGGCUGGAAGCAGAACCUUCGUGUUGCGCUCCACGUUAUGUACUUUCCGUCAGUACCACUGGAAGACCACCGCGGCUACGGUCAAAGGUUGAAAGACAGGUCACAUCACUACGCCAUGGUACUCAACGACAUACCAGUAGACUGCAUACUUGCCGUGCGACAUGGUACGCUGAUGGCUGUGGAAUUGUUCAAGUUUCUCGACAAAUUAGUUGCCGCCAAACGCGCAGAAAUGGGACUGCCAGCCACCACUACCCUUGCACAUAAUGAGAUUCAACUACGCAGAGCAAUAGAGUUCUCGUUUGACAAAUUUCAACUCUCUUGCAGGAUCACCUUUUAUGCUCUUCACGGCUCCGGUUGGUCAGAUCCAGACAAAGACAUUGUGGAUCCUUGGCCACUGCUAAAAUUGACUAUGGGAGAAGUGUUACUUGAGCCAGGGAGUCAUAGCUGUGCAUCAUGUCGUCCUAACAGUCGUGUGUCUCUAACCAUUCAGUCAUGUUUGAAUCGCCGUACUCAAGACGUUCUGGGAGAUUGGAACAAUUUUGUCGUUCAGGCACCCGAAGCAAUCGCAGCUCUGCAAAGAGAAGGAGGAGAGCAGAACUUGAAGCCAGUGCGGGCUCUGGUGGAGCGCUUCUUAGAACAAUGA